AUCCAACCUGUAGAUAAAUAAGUAUAUGCUUUUGUUUAUUUAAUAUUUUUAAGUUUCAGUGUUUUUUUUUUUGUUUACUUCAAAUGGGCAUUUUAUGAAAAUUACAAAACAAAAUCCAACUCAUUUCUAGUAUACAGCCAUGUGGAUAUCUUUGGUUUAUGUUGAGUUUAAUUAAAAGUUAAACCAAAACAACCACCUUAAAGAAAACAUAUGUCUAAGUGGGGAAAGGCCUGUGAACUGACCCAUUAUCUACCUGCAAGUCAAGUAUUUGCCUGUAUUUUCUUCAACUGGACAUUUUUGAGAACAAAAGAUUUCUACAUUUCAGAUCUUGAAACUCAACAGCACACACAGUAGAUGAUGGGUAAUAUGGGAGAACAGAGAUAACAUUAAUAACAUCAUAAUGAAAUGAUGACUCAUUUGAUGGUAUCACACACCUGGAUCAUCAAAGGGGAGAAGCGGGCAGCCAGACUUUGAGUUACAUCCUCUAAAGUGAUUUUAACUGAGCCCUUUCUGUCUGAUCGUUGUUCUUUUCAUCCCUGGUUCUUUAUCAUUUCCCAGAAUCUUCACCUGUCUGUGUCACUGGCACAGAGACGAUCAGAUUGAAGACACUGGUAAUGAAAAUGUUGCACAAGAAAAUUAACUGUACUAGUCGUGAAAUCCCAUUAGGAUGCUAAUAAAUUAGCCUGUCUUUUAAAUCUGCUACUCAAGUGUCAUGGACAUUACAUUUUCCAGCUGCAUGUAUUCAUCCACUGCUACAAAGAUAUUCAUUCUCUGUUUUCUCUCGGGGGAUGGGUGGAAUUGUUUCAUUGAAACGAUUCACAUAUGACAGAGGGUUUUCAUCAUGGCAGAGAGGACAGAAGUAAAUUUGAUUUGAAAUGUUAUUAGGUCGAGGCAGUGAGUCCAGUGUUUGAUGUUGCGUUCCUGUCACCAGGAGGACAGAUAAGGGAAUUCUGCACAUACCUGUUGGCCCUGCUGCCAGUGUAUAAAUGGCAACCUGGACGCUCUGAGACGAACACACACUGAGACACACACACACACACACCAGUUGGCUCUCAAGAUGAGUCACGGUCAGCACAGCGGUAUACUAUGAGCGUGAUUGGUUUUCUAAACCUGAAGUAAGUCCUUUCUGCACGGAUUGAAGCGUUUUAACGUUCUAGAUGGACACGGGACUUAUGGUGAGUUUUCCUUCUUGUUUAUUUUUAACUAAUAAAAUAAAGUUAAGUUUCUUUGAGAUACUCAUGUUCUGGUUUCAGGUGUCCGUCUCUCUGCUUGGACUGGCUCUUGCCCUGCUCUCCUUCCCUGAGCACGCUUCACUGAACAGAGUAUUUGACAACACCUCCGGAAGUGUGUAUCCAGGAUCUGUGUUUGUGAAGGAGGCUCUUCAGAGGGCGAUGGAGCUAACUGAUGCUGCUUACGCCCGCACAAGUGAGAGGGUGAAGAAGUCUCUGUCUGAAGGCGCCCUGAAACCCAGUGACCUGCUGGCUCAGUUUAAACAGACUGAAGCCAGAACCAGGACUCAGAUCCGGGCUGCAGAACUGCUGGACAACACAGUGGAGCUGAUCAGGGAGAUGGUCUACACUCACAAUAUGGUGCAGCCUGACUCUCAUGGUAUUGAUCAGCAGCGUAACAACACAUGUAGAUGUUUCUGCACCUGUUUGUCAAAUAAUUUGUGUUUUUUAACUAAUUCCAAGUAUUCAACUAAUCUAGUACUUAUCUUACAUGCCAAGCUAUCCUUAUACGAACGAGACGUGGAGAACCUGUUGCAGGUGACAGGCUGCUCCGCUGAGCUGCAGCAACCCAGCUGUGACUCUGACUGUCUGUCUGAGCGCUACAGAUCCCUCACAGGAGAGUGCAACAACAGGCAGCAUCCCAGAUGGGGCGCUGCAAACAUCCCGUAUUCCCGCUGGCUGCCUCCAGAGUAUGAGGAUGUGUGGGGGAUGCCCAGAGGCUGGGACCCAGAGCACACCUACCAUAACGCCACUCUGCCUCCAGUGCGGCUGGUGUCUCAGGAAGUGCUGUUCACUCACAAUGACAACAUCUCUCUGGACUCCACUCUGUCCCACCUGUUGGUGGAGUGGGGUCAGUGGAUAGACCACGACGUGGUGCUGACGCCUCAGAGCCCCAGCACAGCCGCCUUCAGGACAGGAGCUGACUGCACACACACCUGCAGCCGGGACACUCCCUGCUUCCCCAUACAGAUCCCUCUGUCAGAUCCUCGUAAUGGCGUCCAGAGUUGCAUGCCUUUCUUCCGCUCUGCUCCCAGCUGUGUUGCUGGAGUACUGUCUCAUCGCCAUCGAGAGCAGCUCAACGCCAUCACCUCCUUUGUAGACGCCAGUAUGGUGUACGGCAGCUCCCCCAGUCUCGGCUCGGCUCUGAGAAACCACUCCUCUCCUAUGGGCUCAAUGGCCCUCAACUCCCAGCGCUCAGACCAGGAGCUGGCCUACAUGCCCUUCUUGCCACGCCUGCAGGCUCACCUGGACCCCUGCGGCCCUCGAAACUCCACUGCCUCAGUGGCAUCGGGCAGAUCCACACGCCAGGAGAACACCACAUCCUGCUUUCAAGCUGGUGAUUCAAGAGCUAAUGAGCAUCUGGGAAUGAUUGCACUGCACACAGUCUUCCUGAGAGAGCACAACCGGCUGGUCAAAGAGCUGCACCUGCUCAACCACCACUGGAGCCCUGAUACUCUUUAUCAGGAGGCCCGCAAGAUCGUGGGAGCCAUUCAUCAGAUCCUGACGUGGGAGCACUACCUGCCGCGGGUCCUCGGUGAGAGCGCCAUGUCUCGUCUGAUGCCUCCUUACGAAGGUUAUGAUCCUGAGGUGGAUCCGAGCAUCGCUAACGUCUUUGCAGCCGCUGCGUUUCGUUUUGCCCACGUCACCGUACAGCCAGUGGUGUCCAGGCUAGGGCCAGGAUACACCACUAACUCCCAGCAUCCCCCGCUGCCUCUGCAUCAUUCAUUGUUUGCCUCUUGGAGGGUUGUAGAAGAAGGUGGUAUAGACCCUGUGCUGCGCGGUCUGUUGCUGUCUCCAGCCAAGCUGCAGACUCCAGGUCAGAUGAUGGUGGAGGAGCUGACAGAGAGGCUGUUUCAGGCACAGGGAGGGAUGCCUCUGGACCUCGGGGCUCUUAACCUCCAGAGGGGCCGAGAUCACGGCCUGCCUGGAUACAGCUCGUGGAGGAGGCUCUGCAGGCUCUCUGUUCCCAACACUACAUCAGAACUGGCUGAAAUUCUGAGUAACUUCACUUUGGCUCACAAACUCCAGCUGCUGUACGGGACACCACACAACAUCGAUGUGUGGGUGGGCGGCAUCUCUGAGCCCGCUCUGCCUGGAGGUCGAGUCGGACCACUUCUGUCCUGCCUGCUGGCGAGACAGUUCAGAGCGCUGAGAGAUGGGGACAGGUUUUGGUGGGAGCGGGAAGGCGUGUUCACCAGCACCCAGAGGCAAAGCCUCCACGCCGUCUCUCUGUCCCGCAUCAUUUGUGACAACAGCCGCAUCACUCACGUCCCUGCUGACCCAUUCUCGCGCACCGAGAGGCCAGAGGACAUGCUGGCCUGUUCACACCCGCUCAUCUCCCACCUCGACCUCACUCCGUGGAAAGAACCAGACGCAGAUCCCAGCUGUGGUCUGAUACCCAGGAUUCAAUCCGGCUACUCGCUGCUCUGUGACUCUGUGAUUCUGUAUCAGUGUCACACUGGCUUCAAGCUGCUGGGAUCUUCGUCUGUCAGCUGUGAUCCAAACAGCCAGAAGUGGAGCCCCACACCUCCAACAUGUGAAGAUAUUAAUGAAUGUGAAGAACUAAUGUCUGUCUGCCCACAAAACCUGGAGUGCCUCAACGUACCAGGAUCCUUUAUUUGCUCAGAGCCCUCCUCGCUGUCUGCCAUUUCUGUUGUCACUGCAGUGAUGGUAGUGAUCAGUAGUGUCGCCGUGCUGCUGCUGAUCAUGUUCUGUUAUCGAAGAUAUUUCCCCAAGAAAGAAGAGUUGGUCAAUGCUGGAUGUUGCCAAGGGAGAAGUUAAAAAUUGUUGUGUUCCUCCAGUGUUAUAUGAAAAUGUCUUCAGUAUAUUUGCAACUUCAAAUAUUUAUGUGGAUUUUUGGACCCGUUUUAACUGUCUAUAGUAGUAGAAUAUUUUGUAUUUUUGUUUACGGAUUUCCUAUUAAUUUAUAAUAAAAAUAUCCCACUAAGUAAAAUCAA